UGCUGACCCAAACUGAGGGUUUAUGGGAGCUUGUGUUUCAACACACACUUUCAAACACCAUGAAGACUCUCUUUUGCUUCUGUAUAACAGUGUCAUGGAUAGUUUCAGGACUUGCCUGGAGGAAUGACCAGGAAACACAAGUGAUGCCAGGAUCACCAUUUGGCAAAGAGCUAAAUGCAUAUCUCAAGUUAAGGAGGGAGAGGAGGGCGCUGCCUCCUGCUGAUGAGCCGGAAGAUGGUCCAACACCUGCACCCGGACCUGACACAUCCGACCUUCCCACUUGUCUGCUGUGUGUCUGCCUUACUGGCUCGGUGUACUGUGAGGAGGUCAGCCCUGACAUGACCACCAUUCCCACCUUACCCAAGGAGACGGCGUAUUUGUAUGCCCGAUUCAACAAGAUUGAGAAAAUCCGCACAAAAGACUUUGAAGACUACGUAACUCUGAAGAGGAUUGACCUGACGGGGAACCUGAUCUCAGAGAUUGAAGACGGUGCUUUCUCCAAGCUUUCUGUGCUGGAAGAAUUGUCUCUGGCUGAAAACAACCUUGUCAGGCUCCCUAUGUUACCAGCCAAACUGAAAUCCUUCAAUGCCAACCAUAACUUUCUUAAAACCAACGGUGUCAAAGCUACAGCCUUCAAGAAAAUGACCAGGUUGAUGAACCUGUACAUGUCCGACAACCAGUUGGAAGCUGUGCCAAUGAUCCCUGACAGCGUCCGGAUUUUACAUCUACAGAACAACAACAUAACUGAGGUGAACGUUAACACCUUCUGUAAGUCCAAUGACACCUACUACCUACGGCCGACUCUAAGUGAGGUCCGAUUGGACGGCAACCCUGUGGUUCUCUCCAAGUACCCCGACAGCUUCAUAUGCAUGAACGUACUGCCAGUUGGAAAAUAUCGCUGAGGAGGAAUGCAACGUUGAGUGGAGCAGUUUUCAACACCAGAUUUCUUGGGAGAUAAUGGCAAAGUUCUGGGUUUUGAGGAGCUGGUCCCAUUAAGGAGAUUAAAGGUAUAUAAGUUUGUAGUUAGACAAACCUUAGCAACUUAUGAUGUCAAGUGAGAAAGGAGCCGAAGUGUUCUGGACAAGUAAAAGGCGCCUUCAUAUGUUGGCAGCUCAACACUUUUAAUGAGCAUACAAGUUGUUAUACAACUACUUGUAAUAGACCCAAAAGGCUCACUGGCUUUGACCAACUUUUAAAGAGACGCAAAAUAUUUUCACCUCUUGCCAGUUGAAUGUGUUCCAUUUUGCAUGUUAGGUUAAGGUGCUCAGUGACUUAUCUCAUGUGCUGAUCUGGUUUUAACAGGACAAAGAUAUUGAGUCUUUAGCAUGUCUCCAAAAGACUUCUCAAAGUGAGAAAUACAACAGCAUUCCGGUACAGAAACAAACAUCAAGCAGAAGGUCAUUAACAAGCAAAAGUAAACAAAA